UGCUCGAGCCCAAGUUGGACCGAGUUGGUUUUGGACCAUUUCAAUUCAGACUUUAGGCUGGGGAAGCAGUUAACUUAUGUUGUGUUUAUCACUUAAAACUUAUUAUACAUCACUGAAGAUAGAUAACGGAAAUCGGUCGUCGCCCCGUGGGGCGCUGGGGCACUGACUUUUGAUCCUUGUCCAGAACAGGACCACUCACUGCUGUAUUGGUCAGUCUAACAGGAGUCAACGGAUAACGUUUUUUAACGAGUCAAAGCAGUCGAAUCUUGCAUGGUGUUGGCACUCGCAGCAGUGACAGUUGGGCGGUUGUUCUUCGAGUGUUCGUUUAUUCUCCCCGCUGUAACCCUGCGGCAACGUAACCAUGGGCAACCGGGGUAUGGAAGAACUCAUACCGCUGGUCAACAGGUUGCAAGAUGCUUUCAGUGCCAUCGGACAGAGCUGUAACUUGGACCUGCCGCAGAUUGCGGUUGUCGGCGGUCAGAGCGCAGGGAAAAGCUCUGUUUUGGAGAACUUCGUGGGCAGGGAUUUCCUACCAAGAGGUUCAGGCAUUGUCACACGAAGACCACUGGUCCUACAACUUGUGAGUGCAACUUCAGAAUAUGCAGAAUUUCUGCACUGUAAAGGGAAGACGUUUACAGAUUUCAGUGAAGUGCGGAGUGAGAUUGAAGCAGAGACGGACAGAGUCACGGGAGCGAAUAAAGGCAUAUCGUCUGUGCCCAUCAACCUCCGCAUAUACUCCCCUAAUGUACUGAACUUGACUCUGAUAGAUUUGCCUGGCAUCACUAAGGUUCCUGUUGGAGACCAGCCUCCUGAUAUUGAGUAUCAGAUCAGAGACAUGAUCAUGCAGUUUAUCUGCAGAGAGAACUGCCUCAUCCUGGCCGUGACGCCUGCUAAUGUGGACCUGGCCAACUCCGACGCCCUGAAACUGGCCAAAGACGUGGACCCACAGGGCCAGCGUACUAUUGGUGUAAUCACUAAGUUGGACCUGAUGGAUGAGGGGACAGAUGCGAAGGUGGUGUUGGAGAACAAGUUGCUGCCCCUGCGCAGAGGUUAUAUCGGUGUGGUGAACCGCAGUCAGAAGGACAUUGAAGGUAAGAAAGACAUUAGUGCAGCUCUGGCUGCAGAGAGGAUAUUCUUUCUGUCUCACCCGGCCUACAGACACAUGGCUGACCGUAUGGGCACCCCACACCUACAGAAAGUCCUCAACCAGCAACUAACCAACCACAUCCGAGAUACUUUACCAGCAUUCCGCAGCAAGCUCCAGGGCCAGCUACUCUCACUGGAAAAGGAGGCUGAGGCCUAUAGGAACUACAACCCUGACGACCCCUCACGCAAGACCAAGGCUCUUAUGCAGCUGAUCCAGCAUUUUGGACUUGACUUUGAGAAGAGAAUUGAAGGUUCUGGAGACCAGGUGGACACUGUCGAGCUGUCUGGAGGAGCCAAGAUUAACCGGAUCUUUCAUGAGCGCUUUCCUUUUGAGCUUGUUAAGAUGGAGUUUGAUGAGAAAGAACUGCGUCGUGAGAUCAGCUAUGCAAUUAAAAAUAUCCAUGGGAUCAGGACAGGCCUGUUCACCCCAGAUCUGGCCUUUGAGGCCAUUGUGAAGAAACAGAUAGUGAAGCUUAAGGGGCCCUGCAUUAAAUGUGUGGACAUGGUCAUUCAGGAACUUAUUAACACAGUACGGCAGUGCACAGGCAAGCUGGCCACCUUUCCUAGACUACGAGAGGAGACGGAGAGAAUUGUCACCACACACAUCCGUGAGCAAGAGAGCCGUGCCAAAGACCAGGUUUUGUUGUCAAUAGAGAUCCAGCUCUCCUACAUUAACACUAAUCAUGAGGACUUCAUUGGAUUUGCUAACGCCCAGCAGCGGUGUUGCCAGGUGAACAGGAAGGCAUUGACAGGGAACCAGGGUGCAGCUCCUCCACCUCCCAGUCAAAUUGUCAUCAGAAAGGGCUGGCUCACCGUUAGCAACAUCAGCCUGAUGAAGGGCGGGGCCAGAGAGUACUGGUUCCUGCUGACUGCAGACAGCCUGUCCUGGUUUAAAGAUGAUGAGGAGAAGGAGAAGAAGUACAUGCUGCCUCUGGACAACCUGAAGGUCCGGGACGUGGAGAAAAGUUUCAUGUCCAGCAAACAUGCUUUCGCCAUCUUCAACACUGAGCAGAGGAACGUGUAUAAAGACUACAGGCAUUUGGAGCUGGCCUGUGACACUCAGGAGGAGGUGGACAGCUGGAAGGCCUCUCUCUUGCGUGCUGGAGUUUACCCUGAGAAAACCACAACGGACGGAGAAGGUACCAGUCAGUCGGACAACUUCUCCAUGGACCCUCAGUUGGAGCGUCAGGUUGAGACCAUCCGUAACCUGGUGGAUUCCUACAUGAGCAUUGUUUAUAAGAGCGUUAGAGAUCUAAUGCCCAAGACCAUCAUGCACCUAUUGAUCAACGAGGUGAAGGAGUUCAUUCACUCGGAGCUGCUGGCUCAGCUCUACUCCACAGGGGAUCAGAUGGCUCUGAUGGAUGAGUCUCCUGAGCAGGCCCAGCGCAGAGAGGAGGUGCUGCGUACCCAUGCUGCCCUCAAACAAGCGCUGGCCAUUAUCUCCGACAUCUCCACCACCACCACCUCCACCUCUCUGCCGCCCCCUGUAGACAGCUCCUGGCUACUGCCAGCCUCCGCCGCGGCGCGCAGGGCUCCUCCUGCCCCUGCUGCGCCAGCCCGUGGACCUGCUCCACCUGCUCCACACCCCAUCCCUCGAUCUGGCCCCCCUGGACCUGUUCUUAACAGUUCGGACACUCCUCCAGCGCCCAGUCGCCCAAACCGAGCCCCCCCCAGCAUUCCCCGGAGACAGCCACCAGCAGUGCCCUCUCGACAGCCACACUGAGCCCUGCUCAGAGCUGCCCCCUACUGGACAUCAGCGUCAGCACAGCCUGCUGACAUAAAACUGCCUUUUCCCCCGCGCUGCGGCUGGGCUCA